AUGAACCAGCAAAGUGCGUUGGCAGCACAGAAAUUCCAUCAGACCAAGGCUGCACAAACAGAAACAGGGCCAGCAGGUAAAAGUGCAGUGACUGUAGGCCUGGGGCAGUGCAGGAGCAGUAUAAAAGCAGGAGCUUCUCCUCACUCUCCCAUCCAGUCCUCUUGCCUCCAUCUCACUGAGAAGAAGGUGCCUCUCCAGCCCCAAGCCAUGUCCUGCUACACCCCGUGCCGGCCCUGCCAGCCCUGCGGCCCCACCCCGCUGGCCAACAGCUGCAAUGAGCCCUGUGUCAGGCAGUGCCAGGACUCCCAUGUGGCCAUCCAGCCACCUGCUGUGCUGGUGACCCUGCCUGGCCCCAUCCUCAGCUCCUUCCCACAGAACACCGCCGUGGGAUCCUCCACCUCUGCUGCUGUUGGCAGCAUCCUCAGCUCUCAGGGAGUGCCCAUCAGCUCUGGGGGCUUUGGCCUCUCAGGCUUGGGCAGUGGCCUCUGUGGCACCAGGUCCUUCCCCUGCUAA